AUGCCCGGUAAUGUUACCAAUUCUAUCUCGGUUAUCGGUGGCUCACUCGCCAUUCAGCAUCCCAACAUCACAUAUUUAUACAACCCCGAUUUCAGUGAAGCCAUUAAAAAGUAUAAAUAUUUUGAUGCCGUUGACGAUGGCUGGAAGCACAUAGAGCACACGAGGAAUCUGAUCGCUUCUGCUUUUGAAUCUGCGUACGCAUCCGAAGAGUUUAUGGAUGUUUACCGACGGCGUAAAGAAUUUGACCUCAUGGUGGUCGAUCAUUUGGCCUUAAUAGGCUUGGCACCAUUCCUGCAUGAGAGCCCCUUCAUAAUCUACUGUACGACUAUGUUGAAUCCACUGCAUAGCGCCAACAUUGGCAACAUUCACAGUCCCGCAGUUCUGUCGAGUUCCGUAACAGACUACAGGCAACCGUACUCAGCUUUGGACCGCUUGAGAAAUCUUUUCACGACCCUGGCGUUCGCUGUUAUUUGGAGUAUUAUCGUGAGGUCAAAAGUCGACUCUGAAGUGAUUUCCAAGCGGUUUCCUCAUGUGCCAUCUUCGUACGAGCUGGAAAAGAAUGCAAGUCUCACUCUAAUAAAUACUCACUUCUCGCUCGACGGGCCAAUUCCUCUGCUGCCCAACCAAGUCAUGGUCGCCGGCAUGCUGCUGCGACCCGAGCGUCCUCUACCAGAGAAAAUCGAAAGCUUUGUUCGAGGCAACGCUUCAACGAUCCUGUUUAGCACCGGCACUUUCAUUCGUCUGAACACUAUGCCGGAGAAAUUAAAGGAGAUGUUCUUCUCGGUCUUUUCAAAGUUGCCGUAUAAAAUCGUUAUGAAGUAUCACGCUGAACCAGAGGAAUUUAAGAAUGUAACAAAUAUUUACUUCUUGGACUGGAUACCUCAGAGUGACCUAUUAGCCCACGCCAACACGAAGCUAUUCAUCAGCCACUGCGGUGUCAACGGUGUUCAAGAGGCCGUCUAUUACGGAGUGCCGAUGAUAUGCAUUCCUGUGCACGGUGACCAUCAUAAAAUGGCUGAAAAGGUUCAUCACAGAGGCCUGGGAAUACGACUGGAAUGGAAGAAAAUUUCAGAAGAGAUCCUAAAUCAAUCAAUCCAUGAAAUAAUAACAAAUACCAGCUACCGAGACAAAGUUCAUGAAGUUUCAUUGGUGUGGAGAGACCAAAUGGAAAGUCCCCUGCAAAGAGCCGUAUACUGGGUGGAAUACGUUGCUAGGUUCAGAGGUGCACCGCAUCUCAGAUCUCCAGCCAUGGAUUUGAGUUUGAUACAGAUAUUCUAUUUGGAUUUGCUACUUGUAAUUAAUUUGUUUAUAUACGUGACGUAUAGAAUUGUAUUCCAACGACCAAAUUUCCAUUUCAGCUCGAUGCAUCGAAAUUUGAAGAGAUUCUUCGGUUUCAGCCAAGAAGCAGCUCGGUUAAAAAGAGAGUAGUGUUUCACAUAGCAUUACUGUAGAUGCGUUCAUUAUUGAACGUGUUUAGCUUGAACUAGGAUAUGAAAGCUUGAAAUCUGAUUAUUUUGACUGAAAUAAAACUGAUUUGUCCAUUAGAAAAAGGCUAGUUGGACGCUAUAAAAAACAUUAUUUAAUAUUAGUGUCAAUUGUUGAACGGAUAGUUGGGCCCUAUACAAAAAUUAUAAAUAAUGUGUUCAGCAUUGAAGAUAGAGCCAGGAAAGUUGGCCUGUUGCCGAUUCCUGACUUCGAAGGAUAUUUACAGGUAGCUGCGGGUUCUGGACCCGAAAGUACGAGGUUAUUUACGGAAACUCCCUGAUUUGAAAA